AUGGCGGGCACGGCUCAACGUAUAGCCAACAUCGCGAAAAAGCGCUUAACUCUUAAAGGGAAGAUUACGACCUUGUCGAAGUUACUUGAUCAGCAGAAGCUCGAUAAAACUAACGCGAAGUUGUGCCUCGCGAACCUGACCACGCUGUUUCACGAGUAUGAAACUUUACACUGCGAACUUGAAGAACUGGAUUCCGAGAACACCGAAUUGGCGACAAUUUACACUAGUAUCGAGGACGAUUUUUACAGCGUGUCAAGCACGGUUAAGGACAUGCCGGGCUCCACGUUGCUGGAUAACUCGGCUACCCUUCCGGGCGGUCAUUCAACGCUGCUCGCUAAACCGCGUCUACCGAAACUUCCCGUGCCCGAGCUCCCAACGUUCAACGGCAAUCACAGCGAGUGGCUGUCGUAUCGUAAUACCUUUACCAACAUGAUUGAUUCGCGCACUGAUAUCGAUGACUUCAAUAAAUUCAUGUACAUAAAGAAUUCCCUGCUAGGAGCCACUCUGAGUCCAAUCGCGGUUUAUGAGACGAGCGCGGAAAACUACAAGCCGGCUUGGAAACUCCUAAAUAAUAAAUACCAUAAGAAACGCGUGUUAGUAUCGAAACAUCUCAACGCCAUUAUCGAUCUGGCAAAGAUAACGGCUGCUACUUCCGACGGACUAUCAAGGUUGGUCGAUGAUAUGCGCCAACACAUUAUUCAGCUCGCUUUUCUAGGCGUAAAACCCGAUCCUCACCUUACUCUCACGAUUCUUGAGCACGCGCUCCCUAAGAAUAUCCUUGACGAGUGGGAAAAAACCGUGAAUCUACAGACGCUGCUCUUGCUUGAGCAAUUUUAUACGUUUAUUGAAAAUCUCGCGUAUCGACUCGAACAAUCAGAACAAGCACCCGUGCGCCAGGGGAACGGUUUCGCCGGAAAGCGUCGUGCAGAUCAAUCAGGUCCGUCAAAAAUGCGGAAGAACAAAGCUGGAGCCCGUGUGCUCGUAAUUAACACGACUACCGCUACGAUCACUUGCGCUAAGUGCGGAGACAAUUACGCGCUCUUUAAAUGCCCGGUUUAUGACAAAUCAACUGUCCAACAGCAUUGGGACUUCGCGAAAACGACAAGCUUAUGUCGUAAUUGUCUCCGUACUCACCUUGGAAAGUGCGCCUCUAUGAACUGCAGACGAUGCACUCGCCAUCAUCACACUUCGUUGCAUGCUGACCCCGAAUCGAAGGGCAUCCCCAAAUUCGAGCCAGCCCAUAAACCAGCCGCUUGA